AUGGUCAAAACUUACCAAUUUUCGGCAGCUCUGCUGGCCUUUGGCUUGUCCUCUCUGUCUCAUGCUCAUCCAGGAGAGCAUGAGAUGGUCGACGCGAUCAUGAAGAGAGGCGAACAUGCUGCCAUAGUUCAGCGUGGUCUCGAAGAUUGCUUCAACCAUCCAAAGUUUCUUGAACUGCAGAUACGCAGCCAAGAUAGACGUUGGGAAAAGGCCCAGCAGCUCAGACGAGCCCGCGACAUCCAUGAAUCGACUCCAUUCAAGACCAGACGCGAUCUCGCGGCACUCGAGACCUUCGAGAACGUCGAGCACAACAUGACUUCUCUUGGGUAUACCGAGUCCACUUCACCCUCGGUCAUGUUUGCUAGCUCUAAAAAUGCCUCCUGCAUUCUUACUCCCCCUUACUUCGUCACCGGAGCGUACUACCGCACCAAUGUCACUGAGGACCAAGAGGGCAUACCUGUUCAUCUGGAAUAUCAGUACAUCGACAUAAGCACCUGUGAGGUCGCCACCGGCCUCUAUCUCGAGGCUUGGCAGGCAAAUGCUACUGGAGUUUACUCUGGCAUUGUUGCUUCCGGAAAUGGCAAUGAUGCGGAUGGCACAAACCUUCUAACAAGUUCGGAUACGACCUUCCUUCGUGGUGUGACACAAGUAGACGAAGACGGUGUGGGUUACUUCGACACCAUCUUCCCUGGACAUUAUUCGGGAAGGGCAACACACAUCCAUCUUAUCGCCCAGCAGAAUGGUACCGUCUUUGCCAAUGGAACUUACUCGGGCGGCACGAUCUCGCACGUCGGUCAACUCUUCUUCGACGAGUCUCUCAAGGACGCUGUGUACGACACAUACCCAUACAAUGCCAACACUCAAUCAUACACGACCAAUGAUGCCGAUAUGUGGGCUCCAGACCAAGCCGACAACAACUAUGAUCCGAUUCCAGACUAUGCAUACCUCGGCAACGACAUCUCUGACGGCCUUCUCAUGUGGAUCAGUGUUGGCAUCAACAUGUCUGCUGAGUACACUGUAACUGCUGCAGCUACUUUGACGGCUGAUGGUGGUGUUGCUUCUGAUGGCGAAGUCAGCGGCUCUUCUGGUUCUGGUUCUGGU